AGUUAUAGGGCGGCUGACCAAUUUAUUUCCAGAACCAUUGUAUGCGGCAAGUGUUUGCGUCGUGCCAGUAUUUUUCGAAUCUCCAUUUAAAUAUUUCGGGUUUUUUUAAGUCUCAAUAUAUAACUACAGUGUGCUUGUUAUGAUACUACAACUCGAAUACAAUGGCUAAAUUAUUAUGCAGAAUAUUAUUGUUCUUUUUGUUAAUGACUAUCCUCAUUGCUGAGGGAAAAAAAAUAUCAAGGAGCAGAAGUUCAAGCCGUAGUAGUAGCAGUAGUAGAAGGACGUCGAGUAAUCAUCCAGCACCGACAUCGGUGAGCCAUUCACAAGCAUCAGCUCCAAAGCCUACGUUAUUUGGAUGGCAAGAAAAAUCUGCUCAGAAAACUCAGAAAUCACAACCUCGCCAGUCUAAGCCAGGCGACCAAAAACAUUCAUAUCCUUCUAGUAAUACAGGCUUAUCUGGAAGUGAUCCGCCAAAGAAAACACAGGGUCAAUCGGAAACUAUCCAGCGCAGUAAUGUUGCAAAUCAGCAAUCAGUACCACAACAUACACCUGCAAAUGGACACUCAUAUCCAGCGUCAAAUGGUCUUUCGGGUAGUUCUGGAACAGGUGUAAAUAAUCCUCAACGAUCAGGGCAAUCUGCUGCUAAUUUGGCUCCUCAUCAAGUUCAAUCGGAAAACAUUCAGCGUAGUAAUAUUCCCAAUCAGCAGUCAGCACAACAACCUGCGUCAUAUGGUUCUAAUAGUCACUCAUAUCCAGCAUCAAAUGGUCUCUCAGGAAAUUCUGGAACAGGUGCAGGUUAUCCCCAAGGCACGGGACUCUCUGGUUCUAAUGUGGCACCUCCACCAUAUCAAGCAUCUAACUCAUACAAACCACAAAAUAAUUUAGGAAACGGCUAUAAUCAUCCUCAGGGUCCACCACCACCGUAUCCUGGUUUGGGAAAUAAUCAUAAUCAGCACGGACCACCUCCUCAAUACUCAGGCUACGGAAAUAUGGGAAAUAAUUAUGGCGGAUAUGGCGGAGGACACAGUCCGCAAAUGCCAGGUUACUUCGGUGGUUAUUCAAAUAAUAAAGGUUUUGGUGGUAUGAGUCGAGGGAGCUCAUUAGCUGGUGUUGGAAUUGCUGGAGCAGGAAUAGGAACAAUAUUAACUGGGUUGGCGUUAUGGAAUUUAGCUAGAUCCACGGGACAUCAUCAUCACACUGUUAUAUAUGACAACAGAGGACAGCCUGUAGCAGUAGCACCUGUUAAUGGGACAGAUACUUCGGCGUCCGAUUCUUUAUUAGCUGAUUUGGUGAACUGUACUCUAACUAUAAGUACAGAUAAUGCAACUGAAGUUCUUGCUAUUCCUUGUUCAAUUGCAACUUCAUUUACUCCAGAUGCUGGUGAUAAGGAUGCAAAAGUUGAUAGCCCAAAUGAUAAUACUAAGUGCACUAUAACAGUUGUUACAAAAUCGGCCAAAGAGUUUAUGACUACUAUACCUUGCUCAGUGCUUCUUAACACAGCAGCUCAAAAUAAUGUGACAGAACCACCGCCAGAAAGUUUUACAGAAUCGACUGCUAAUAUUACAAUUUCAACUAUCGAUAUUGAUACAAAUUCACCUUCAGCUUUAAAACUUUCAAGUUCUAAAGAAAAUAUAGAUACUGAUUCUCCAACCGUCUAUAAUUGUACUUCCGAACCAGGCGAUAUACGGGAUCCCAUAAAUCCGUGUUUUAGUGUAAAUCACAAUUUAACUGUAGUUCCCCUUGCUUCUUCGGAUGUUCAAUAAAAAUAAAAUUAAUUUUAAAUGAAAUAUUGAAUUCAAAAGAAUUAACUAUUAUAAUAUAACAAUUAAAUUUAUUUAAAUUAA